UUUAAAAUACUUUAAUCUUAAUUUUUUUUUUGCAGAAAAAUGGUGUGGAGAAAUACAUCUAUCCUAGUUCUUGUACUGUACUGCGGACAGAGCAUUGCUGCACUGGAGGUAGCAGCAGGACCUCCAGGGUUAAGAAAUGACAUCCAGAACACCGAGGUACUGUCUGAUGAGCAAGGGACUGGAAAACUUUAUUUCACUGGACCAGGAUAUACAAUCAAUCUUAUUCCACAAGCAAUCCUUCUAGGAAUCCUAGCAGCCAUCGCAGCUUUCUUCCUGGGCCUUGACCUUUUCGGAUCCAACAGCGCUUCCACCUCUGGUUAUGGAGCUCCAUCUGUAGGUUAUGGAGCCCCAGAGCCCAGCUAUGGAGCCCCCGUUGCUAGUUAUGGAGCCCCUGCUGCUAGCUAUGGAGCCCCUAGCGCCGGAUAUGAUGCACCUUCUUCCGGUUAUACCGCAUCCGCCAGACAAUUCGAUUAUGCCAAGUCUAACGCAAACCUAGACCAGUAUGAUACCCUCUCCAGGAGGAAGAGAAGCUCUUUCUGAAAAAAUCAUAGUUAUUUCUGAAAAAUUCGCAGUUUUUUUGUAUAGCCCUUUGGGACUAAACCGACACCAUUGAUUACAAUUCUGUAGACACACAAUGAAACACAUCAAAAUAAGACCGUACUAUCAAAAUGACCUUCAUUAAAGGGUGGUAAUACCCUUAAUUUUAUACUAGUCAUUAUUAUUAGAUCAAAAAAAACCGUACCUAUAAUACUUACGUUUUUUGUAAACGUAAAGGAUUAAGACUUUUUUAACACAUGUACAAGUUCAAACUAUACAAAGACAUAUAAAUGUUGAUACAUAAGACUCACAAAACAAUGAGACAGUAAAACAAUUUAAAUCAUUAAUUUUUUUGUUUUGUAAUAACAUUUUUUUAAAUUAUAAUUUUCCAAGUUAAUUUCUGUGGUUGAAAAUAUAAGAAUUUACAUGAGCGAUUUAGUUUUUAAUUGAGUAGUUUUAUUUAUAAGUAAAUAUUAGCCUAUGUUUUAACUUUCUUUUGAAUCACUGUAUCACAUCAGUCGUAGCUAUUAAAUAAAUGUAUGCCAUUAAAA